AUGCCUCCUCCAUUUGAUAUGAUUUCCAAGAUACAUCCUCCUAGAGAGGCUUGGAGGCUGAAAGUUAGGGUUCUAAGGCUUUGGGUUAUACUCUCCUUUGGUAACCAUGAGGUUCCUAACACAAUGGAGAUGAUUCUCCUUGAUGAGCAUUGUGAAAAAAUUCAAGCUACAGUUAAGAAACCACUCCUUAAUAGGUUUAGGGAUCAUAUAGUUGAAGGUCAAGUUUAUAGAAUGGCAUACUUUACUGUUGUGUCAAAUCAUGAUAGUUAUAGAGCAACUUCUCAUGAAUUCAAAUUGGUUUUCCUUCACCGAACCACUAUUGUAGCUGUUGAUGAAGAUGUUAUCCCUAAGACUUGUUUCAACAUGUUACCUUUUUCUGAGCUGUUGAACAUGACCCAAGAUUAUGAAUUUUUAGUUGUGCGCUGUGCAUUAUUUGGGGACUAUAUUAAUCAAGUAAAUCAUUUCCUUACCUCUGGCUAUGUGGAGCAGCCUGUUGUAUUCAUUCAACUUGCAAAAGUCAAGUUCUUUAGGGGUCAAGUAGGCCUUCAAAAUGUCAUGUAUGCCACUCAAAUAUUAUUUAAUCCUGAUUUUCCUGAAGUUGUUGAAUUCAGUAUGGUUGAGCAAGGUGUCAAUGGUACUCAGCCACUGUUUAUUGCAAAUGAGGGUAAAGUUAUCUCCUUGGAAGAUGAUUUCAUGCGUUUAACUAGAAAAUGCACUAUUGAAGAGCUUCAAGAUAACAAUGAGGAGGGUUCUUUUAUCAUUUUUGGUACAAUCCAAGGUAUUGUUGAGGAUGGAGGUUGGUGGUAUUCUGCUUGUGUGUGUGGAAAGGGUAUCUAUCCUCAAAAUGGUGCAUAUUACUGUGAUUUUUGUUUGAAGCACAUAACUAAUGUGACUCCAAGAUUUAAAAUUAAAAUAACACUUCAAGAUCAUAGUGGGGAGGGUAUUUUCCUUCUCUUUGAUCGUGAGGCAUCUUAUUUGCUUAAGAAAUCAUGUGCUGACUUGUUUACCGAGGUUCAAAGAGAUGCAAGUCUUGUAUGUGGGGAUACUUAUCCUCCCAUAUUCCAACGACUCAUUGGAAAGAAGCUACUGCUGAAGGUUGAUACCAAAGGAGUGCCACAUGAUACAUUUUAUGGCAGUUUCCGAGUUAGGAGAAUAUGUGAUGAUCCCACCAUUAUUGCCAUGUUUGAGCUUCCGAAUUAUGAUGCUGAUGAUGAGUCUACUCCAAAAAAGGAGCCUGAUUUACACAAAUCUAUUCCCUGUGGAGAAGGGGAGGUUGGUAUUAAGAAGGAGUCAUCAAAGACUUUUAUCAAAAGUGAGAAAGUUGAUGGUGAGUCUUCUGGGCCUGCUGUUUCUGGAGGGACUGAGUUUGCUUCCUUAAUUAAUGGUGAACAUGGAAAAGAUGAGAAAACACCUAGCAAUGAUACUGAGUUGUUGUCCCAUGUUAUUGAUGCACCUUCCCAUUAUGGAGAGAAGCUUAUUCAUGAGAAUUAUGUUGUCACUUCCAAGGGCAAGAGAAAUCUGAAUCCCCAAUUUGAAGAGGCGGCUGCUGAUGUAGAUGGGCCUGGGUUCAAGAUUGCCAAGGUUAAUGGAGUUUGA